AUGGUGCGCAAGACAAACGUCACGGCCACCCGAGCAGUUGAUGGACUCACCCCCAAGGGAAGCUUCCUCAACGACGUCUUCCCAGGACAAGGCAACAAGCCAGACCUAUCUAGAGAGCGAAUCUGUGGCUCACAGGUCACACUUCACAUACCACAAGAACGAAAAUUGAGAUGGCACAAGUUUGGUUCGAGAGGAGAAACUGGAAUCUACCUGAGUAUGGAAGGUUCGCAGAUUUACACCUGCUGGGUGCCUUCUCGCGGGAACAGUCAUCAGACUGUCCGCUCUGCAAACGUAACAAUCUACAAAAGGGUCGGAGAGAAAGAUCUCCCGGCCGAAACUACGUAUGAUGCUAAGCCGAUGAUCCACACGAACAAACCUCUCAUCUCAAGCCAGUUACAGUCUGCCACAGAGCAAUCAAAGACUUCAAGCCCAAACCAGACCGAAGUGAAUAACAUUCAACAUACCGAGGUGCAUAAUCCCCAGUAUGGACAAACGAAAGCAUCAAUGACAUCAGCCAAGCUGCCGCCCGACCCCCGAGAAAGAGGGAUCACUAAGCUCAGAACAAUAACUGAAACGCUUCAAGGUCCACACAGGGAGAGAACUAGCUCAGAGCGACCACAUAGUGAGCUUCCCGGCCUCCUCACGAAAGGAACGUGGCGCAUAUUGACCGCGACCAAGCUCGCUAUCGGCCACUCACAGUCAAGGGGAAUUCGAAGUCAAAAAGAGCAAGAACGGUAA